GCUAAGGUCAUAAAGCCUAGACCAGACCUACAGGAAACACCUUUAGAAACUAGAGAAAUUAUUUUUGUGGACGGAUGUUCUUUGCGAUUGGAAAAUGGAACACCCUCAACUAGUUACGCAGUGGUCCAAGGUGACCACCUGCUGGAAGCAAAUCGAAUUUCGUCAAGUUUAAGCGCACAAGCAGCCGAAUUAAUAGCGCUCACCUGAGCAUGUCAGCUGUCCGAAGGAAAAAUCAUAACAAUUUAUACGGAUUCCAGAUAAGCUUUUGGAGUCUGCCAUGAUCAUGGAGCAUUAUGGAAACUGAGGGGAUUUAAGACCAGUACUGGCAAGCCCAUCCAACAUCAAAAGCUAAUCGAAUCCCUCUUAGAGGCCAUAACUAAACCAUCAAAGUUAGCGAUCGUUAAAUGUCAAGCUCACACAGGAAAACAGGAUCCUGUCAGCAAAGGAAACGAAUUAGCUGAUCACUUUGCUAAACAGGCUGCGUAUAAUAACACACCAAUUUCUUUAUUCCAACAGAGAAAUGACCAGGACACUGAUAAUCAAAUUAUUUCUUUACAGAGUGCAGCCACGGACAGAGAAAAGAGAAAAUGGUCCAAACAAGGGUCCCUCUCUGAUGGAGUCUGGACCCAGAGGCAAACUAACAAACCUUUCCUCCCGAAGGCUUCUUUCCCAGGUAUGGCAAAAAUCGCCCAUGGCCUAGACCAUGCUGGAAAAGACGCCAUGGUUCAAGAUGUUGAAAAACAUUGGGAAGCUGUAGGCUUCUCUACAUAUGCAGAGCAGUUCUGCAGGCGCUGUGCAUUAUGUCAAAAGUUUCAUGUAGGAAAGGGCACCCAGGUAAGUCCCGCCGUUACACCUAAUCCAAUAGGUCCGUUUGAACACCUCCAAAUGGAUUUCAUUGAACUAACUCCGUCUAAAGGUUACCGUUAUUGUCUGGUAAUUGUUGAUGUGUUCUCCCGAUGGGUAGAAGCUUUCCCUUCUAAACACGCUGAUGCUAAAACUGUAGCCAAAGCAUUGAUUAAAGAAAUUAUUCCUAGGUGGGGCAUACCACAGAAAUUACAAACUGAUAAUGGCACUCAUUUUGUGAACUCCGUUAUAAAUGAAUUAACCACCUGGCUCCAGAUAAAUGUGCAUCAUUAUUACAAAUACCACCUCCAGAGUGGAGGUAUUGUGGAACGGUGCAAUGGCACCCUAAAAUCUAAAUUAGCAAAAAUUUGCGAGCAGACAAAUUUAUCCUGGCCGGAUGCUCUGCCUCUGGCCUUAAUGGGAUUGAGGGGAAGAACAACCCGGCAAUUAGGACUGUCGCCGUUUGAAAUUCUGACCGGACGACCCAUGCCUGUUGGCAUGGUUAUAGGAAAUGUGAACCUGCAUACCGUUGACAAUGAUCUUCUCUCUAGUCUUACAGGUCUCCGAGCUUCUCUGAAAGAAGUCCACGAGCAGGUUAAUCAGGCCUGGAGGACAAGCCCUCCAUCUAAAGACUCGCAGAUUACCUUGGGCACCUGGAUCCUGGUUCGAGACACUCGGAGGAAACACUGGCAUCAGCCUAGGUGGAGAGGACCAUUCCAAGUUCUUCUGUCCACACCACACGCCGUGAAAGUUGAAGGAUUGCCCGCCUGGAUUCAUGCUUCACACUGCAAAAGAUGGCAUCCUUAACAUUCAUACUCAUACUGAUUACACUCUAACUGUUUUUCCUUCCAUUAUCCACUUCACGGGUGACACUGACUUUCCUGGUGGAGGAGACUGCCUCAUUCCAGGUUGACUUUUGUGCAGUUGCCCCCUGUAGUGGCAGACAGGAACAAUGGGAAUGGCCUGACAAAUAUGUCUGUGUGAGCUACCCUUCGUAUGACUCUGAUUCAAGUUUCUCCUCAUCUGACUCUAAAUGUGGAUUCUGGAGCGACGUGUUUGCAAAUACAGGACUACACGACUGGAGUUAUGAACCCUGGCAGGCUAAACAGUAUGGCCUAAAAACUCGAUUCUCUAUUAUAAAAGGACACGCCCCUCAUGAGUGUGCCGAGAAUCAUUGUAACCCAUUAAUCAUUACUCUGAAGAAUCCUUCUUUGCAUGAUUCAGGAACUUAUGUCUUAGCUGCGUACGCAACUGGUUACAAUCCCCGGGGACUUUUUCAAAUUAAGG